UAUAACGCUGUGUGGAGACGACAGACAUCAGUACACCUCUCACAUCAACACUUCAUCAUGGUUCUUGCUCUGUCGGUUGUUCUGGCGUGUGCCGGAGUUGCUCUUGCUUCACGCCCUACUCCCUAUGGCCAUCAACCUCCUACAUAUGGCCACCAGCAAUCCUACUGUGACCCCAAAACUCCCCCUACCUGUGCCGCCGGAUCCCCUCUAACUUACUGCUUGGAAGACCCCGAAUAUCCCGAGUAUGAGAUCAAGGGCGCCAUCACUGCUGACCAUAUCUUCGCCAAGAAGUACGCUGAUGUGGCCGACCAGUCAGCUGAUGACCUGGUCGAUUAUGUGACCAAGGAACAGGAAGAGGCCUUCGACUACUAUUUCUACACUGGAGCUUCCACUGGGAAAUCUCCUUACGAUGCCACCCACUGGGGCGGUCCCGAGGGCUACAUCUGCCCCUCUGACGUCGCUUACGCCAGGCCCAAACGUGCCCAGAAUGUAGAGGGCAAGUGGCGUGUCAUUGUCAAUGACGUUCACUACUACACACAGACCGCCCGCCUGGAGACUUGUCUCUUCCCUGAAGCUGCUUGCCGCGCCCUUGCUCCCUGCUUCAAGAGUCACUGCACCCAGAAGUACGUCUACCACCGCCUCCUGUCCUUCGACCCCUGUGAUCCCUACAAGGGUCUCUUCAUCGACAUCUACAAGAUGCCAUCUGCCUGCUCUUGCCACAUCCCCGCCUAAGACUCUCCAACAAUGAAGAGUCUUACCUGAGCCUUCAGGAUAGUCCUGAGGCUCUGUGCCCAUGCCAGAACCACCGACACCCUGUAAACCCCGCCCCUACCGCGGAGGAGAAGCCCCGAGAUGACUGGAGAACUGCUUUCUUCACGUAACAUCAAUAAUAAUGCCAGGGACUCCCGGGACGCUCCUCGCCGCUCCUCUUACUCCUCCUUUUUCCUCUUCUUCCUCUUAUUAACAACCAUGUGAGUGCCAGAUGCGAGAAGUUACUGUACUAUUUAUUUUCUAUUAAAUCUAAAAAUUAA